CCAAAGCGUCAGCGGCAGCUUGUUUGGACAAGUUCCAAUGCGGUUUAGAAAUUUUAGAAUUGAUACAAGUAUUUGGUUCAUUGUUCUUCUACAAAGAGAAACUUAUGCGGGUUCAUUGCGUUCCACUCGCUCCCAGAAGGGCACAAAAAGGAGGAGGGGGACAAACCCGAGCUGUCUAUACAGAAACCUCAAGAUCAUCAGGGCCUUUAAACUCUCGCCCCCCGACUCACCGAUUGGGGGUAGUGAGUCACGAGAGGGGCCCCUCAUCCACAUUUCACAAAAACACCUAUUGGAACAAACCACAAGAGAAGAGGAGACGACAUUAGAAUUGCCUAAGACUUUGGUGGGAAUUUUGUCAACUGAGGGACAUAUCCCCUUUUAA